GUCCUGGCGGAGCCUGCAGGCGCCUGCGCAGCCGGUGCUGGGAUCCUAAGAUGUUCAGCCGCUGCCUCAGGAUCGUCGUCCUGGUCCUGGGCUUCGGAAAGGAAAAGCAGUGGCCGAAUUGGCAUGUCUGUUUUGAGUUGAAGUACCGUGCCACAGGUUUGAGACCCGUCCUCCACCCCUUCCCGAAUAGGUUUAUAUGUUUGUAAAAUCAACACUUUCAGGACUCAUUCCUUUGUAUGGGAUUUGCACGCUCAGCUCACUAUAAUUUCCUGAAGUACAGAGAAUUCAGGCCAGGAAGUAACUGGGGGGAGGGGGGAGCUCUCCGCUUUCUCCCAGAGCACACUCACUGUCAAGCCAUAGGAUUGCAUUACAUCACCUGCCCAUGUACCUUCCCUAUUCGGUGUGUAAACGCUCCUGUGCUUCCUUAACAAAAUGUAAGUCUGACUUCCUUAAAAUGAACUAUCUGUAAAACAGCCCAAUCCCCAUGUCUGGCCUGUAUCAAAAGUCUAGGGCCCUCCUCAUACAACAUUUUCUAUAUAAAGCUAAACAUUUGCUCUAACACUGGGGCACGGUGCUGUGGAGUCCCGGGACAGCUCUGGCUUUCAAAGUAGCCGCUUUGCUGUGUCCAUCAAGGCCUGGCACCACGAGAGGCGAGCCCCACUUGGGCGUGGCAUGUGAUGGACGGGUGCGCCGGCUAAGUCUCCAGGACGCCCCAGCUAUCGCCAUGGAGUCGGGGGUGAGCCUGCCCAGAGAGCCCUGGUUUACCGACUCUCGGGGCCCAGCAGCGCCCGCUGGAGGCGGCAGGAGCGCACAGCCGCGGGCCCGCGGCUCGCCCCGCCCCCGGCCGGCCCCGCCCCCAGGAGCCUCCCCAUCCGGCGCGGACCGGCGGAUCCCAGCCGGGGAGCCAUGGCGCUGUGCGAGCGGGCGGUCAGCGGGAGCGCUCUCAUCUGGCCUCGCGUGUUGCUCUUCGGGGACUCCAUCACGCAGUUUUCUUUCCAGCAGGGUGGAUGGGGCGCAUUGCUGGCUGACCGACUUGUCAGGGUACAAUACCAGAUGGGCCAAGAUUAUCCUCCCAAGAUUAAUUAGGAAAGGGAGCGGAAUGGAAAACCCUGUGGUGGUUACGAUUUUCUUCGGUGCCAAUGACUGUUCACUCAAAGAUGAGAACCCCAAGCAGCAUGUCCCCUUGGAUGAGUACAGCGCUAACUUGAGAGACAUGGUGCAGUACUUGAGGUCUGUGGACAUCCCCGGGGAGCGGAUCAUUCUCAUCACCCCGCCCCCGCUGUACGAAGCCGCCUGGGAGAAGGAGUGUACCCUGAAAGGUUGCAAAUUAAAUCGCCUGCACUCAGUUGCCGGUGAAUAUGCGAAUGCAUGUCUAACAGUAGCCAGAGACUGUGGGACUGAUGUCCUUGACCUGUGGACCCUGAUGCAGAAGGACAAGCAGGACUUCUCAUCUUAUUUAUCAGAUGGCCUGCAUCUGUCACCAAUGGGAAACGAGUUUCUGUUCUCAAACCUCUGGCCACUGCUGGUCAAGAAGGUCUCCUCUCUGCCAUGGUUGCUUCCUUACUGGAAGGAUGUAGAGGAAGCAAAGCCUGAGCUGAGUCUGCUGGGAGACGGAGACCAUUAGUCAGCUGGGAAACCCUCCCAGGAAGGCUGGGUCACGUCGUUCAUGGUGCCUUUCACCUGCUUAGUAAUUCACAAACAUCCCAAGAAUAACUGUUCAUGUACAUAACCUCAGGUUGGUAAUUCAGUUGAUUAAACAUUUUUUCAAGAUUGA